AUGUCUCCAGACCGGGGCAGAUCGAUUGACCAAAACGCCCGGACAUUCUAUCGCGAGGGGACGCCCCCACCUCCUCCAACGACCAGAGAUACAAAUGUCGAUGUGUCGAGCACUACCAACAUUCUCCAUAAAGCGGGAGAAUUCUACGAUUACCAGUAUGACCGCGUUGCUCCGCCAGCACCUAUACCGCAGGCCACCAUAUGUGGAGUGACUACCCGGUUGUUUUGGCUUAUAAUGGCAGCUGUAGGGCUAUUCGUGGCGAUUGGCGUUGGCGUUGGUGUCGGCGUUGGUCUGGGUACGAGGCAUAAGGCAGCUGUUCAACCAAGCCCCACGACAAGUUCUGCUCACACAUCGACUUCCACGUCGAGUUCAAAGACUGCUUCUGCUACUGAAUCUCUUCCAUCUAACCUGCUUGGCUGUCCUCAAGCCAACAACACACGAUACGCCGUCCCCGGCUCAGAAAAGACCUUUUUGCUUAUUUGCGGAAUAGACUACAGCGGUGCAGGCCAGGCAGUCGAGUUGGGAAAUUUAUAUACAAUAGACAUGGAGGACUGUAUGGCCAACUGUGCAACCUUUCCAGGUUGUACAGCCUGUGGAUGGGGCAUAAUUCCGGGAGAUGCGGGGAGCGAGCAUAGAUGUUGGCUAAAGGGAGACUUGGGGAAGACGCAUCUGCCGAAACCUGGGUGGUAUUUUGCAAUUCUACAAUAA